CCGCUUUCUGCUCUCGCCUGUCAGUGGGAGCUUGGGACGUUGACGUAGGAGCGCUGCAUUGCAUUCACUUACCUCGUAUAUUUUAAAAUUACGCUUCCAGACCUCACCAAAGGGGCCUCUGUGAGAUAAACCCACGCAUGGCAGGAUUGUACAGCAGUUGCACUCUCCAUGCACCUAAUCAGCAGCAGCGGUCUGCGCUUGCACAUGGCAGGCGUCACGUCACCCUAGAAACGGAGAGUAAGCGUUGAAACAUGUAUGGGCGUGCUCCAAGAGUCACCUUCCUGCUAAACAGUGAGACCGAUGCCACAGUGGGUCCAGGAACCUACAACAUAAGUUCAAGAGGACAUUACUCCGUCUCAGGUGGCUAUGCUCCCUUUUUGACAUUGGCGAGCAGACUACCAUUGGUGAGUGAGUCCAGUGGAACUGAACCAGGACCGGGAUCCUACGAUACGUCGCCUGUUAAGCUAAAUGUUCACGGCGGUUGCAGUCUUCGGAACCGUUCCAAGCGUUUCGAGGACCCGGUGUGCGAGGGUCCGGGCCCCGGGGCCUAUAACGUUCUCCAGCUACCGGCCUCGGGGAGCAAACUGAGGGCUCGUGUGAAUGAUGCUGUGCUUGGCAGCGGACUGGCGCACCCACCAAAAACUUUGCUGCGGCGGUUUGCCAGCCAGUACGACGUCCCAUCCAUUCCAUCCCCGGGUCAGGCCUGUGGAUAUGAGGAGGACACCCUGGGUGUGCUCCGGAAGCAGGAGCCCCCGCGCAGAGACACCACCCUUGGCCCAGCCUACUACAGCCCCUUAAAUGCCGAGAAGACCAACAAGUACAAAGGUGUCCACUUUGGCAAUAUGACAGCCAGGAGAGGCCAAGUGACCAAGGAAGCAAGUCCAGGGCCUGGUCACUACUACCCUGAGAUUGUUCUAGAAACACACUAUGAAAAUGUGAACAUGCGAAAGGAGCAGAAGGGCAGAGCGGAGCUUUAUAUUCCUCGAUACCACCAACUGCUGCCCCAACAGGAGCUCAAAAAGGGCGUUCCUGGUCCUGGCCACUAUGACAUCGGAGGACAGUUCGAGAUACCAAGUGACAAAAAACAGCAGGUCACAUCCUCCUUUCUCUCUCAGACUGAGAGGUUCAAGAUUGCCAAGGAAGAUUCGCCCCCUGUUGGCGCAUAUGAUGACCCACGCUGCGCCAUCCCAAAGGCUCAUUAUGCAACAGGGGUGCGCAAAAGCCCGUUUGGCGUCACAGCAGAGCGCUUCCCUCCCAACCGCAUUGGAGGCUCCACACCGGGUCCCGGCUCCUACAACGUCCUCGACAUGGCUUCGGCCCAGGAGAGGUUAAAAAAGACGUUUUUAGAGACAAACAGGAAAGGAGGCUUCGGCUCCACUGCUAAACGCAGCAGCGUCUUUCUCAACAAGGACUGCGUACAUGGACCCAGCCCAGCCGAGUACCAGGUGGAAAAAUGUCCUGAGGAGCCUUACAAAAAGCAGCUCACAGCCGCAUUCAGAUCAGCCGCACCGCGCCUGGCAUCCUCAGUUGUGGCCAAAGAUUCCCCUGCACCCAAUGCGUACAACGUAAGAGGGCCAUCGGAGGCCACAGGUGGACACAGUGCUGCACGGACUAAAGAAGCCAGAAGACGACAUAGCAGCUUCCUGUCAGCGGCACCGCGACAUACUGGUUCCUUUUUAAGCUGUGUGGACACCGGACCGGGGCCAGGUCAGUACAACCUGAGUGUGAGAUCCUCUGCACCGAUGGCUCUGAUGGCCUCCAGGGAAGACCGCUUCAAAGAGACCACCAGUACCAACCCAGGACCUGCUGCUUACCAGUUAAGCCCAAGCCUCAUGAACACCGUGCUUAAGGGAACCUUCAACGUAACGCUCGACAAUCCUCUGAUGCCUCGGUCCCGCCUGGCUGUCCGGGUUCUACCGGAACACAAGGCCACUGACGCUGUUUCACACCACACGUUGGUCGCCACCAGUAUAUCUUAAGAAGGGUACACACACAAUUUCCAACAUCUCAGAGACAUGCAUAUACACAUAAUCAGGGAAAACACAGCCAUUCUGUCACUAACCCAAUUUAAGGCAGUUCUGAAUUCAUAAUUCCAGUAAAUACUGUAUUUGUCUGAAAAACGGUCAAUAUGAAGGUAGCUCAGUCUGUAUCGUUAUGCUACUUCCUUGCACGCUGUAUAUUAGACCCCAAUCCCCGUGCCUGUACUUCAUCGAUUAAAGUCAUUCCUCUGUGGACUCAUGGUCUACUAGGGUGAUUUCUAUACAAACAGAAGAAAGGACUUUUGAGGUGUCAUUCAUUUGUCGCACAUUCGUGGGCACAAUC